UGAAAACAGGAAAAGGAGGUGGAAAAUAAAAAAAUGUCGCGAAACGUGGCAUUAUCGGAUGAGCAGAGCCGAUUAAAUGCCCGCCUGGAGGCACACAUGGUAUACAUUUGCCCGGAGUGCGGUAAGGCGUUUCGCACCCAGGUCGAAUGGCGUCAGCAUUUAAAUACGAAACAUGAAUAUCUGAAGAAGACCUACUCGGACUUUAACUUUAUCCAGAUCGAUGAACGGUUUCACGAGUGCCAGCUCUGCUUUAAGUGGGUGGAGAACGCCCAUAAGACAAUCGCACUGCUCCAGUAUCAUUACUUCAUGCACCUGGAGCACAGUGAAACCUACCGGUGCGUGCAUUGCCGCAUGGCAUACACCAGGCGCAGGGCCCUGAACACGCAUCUGCUAGAGACACACUUGCGCGAGAUCGAGAAGUAUGAGACCAAGCUGCGUCAGAUGAAGCGGCAGCAACAGCAGGAUAAAGAAGCGGCUGCAGCAGCAGCUACAGCAGCAGUCAGCAAUGGAAAUACGGGAGGGACUGUAAAAGUGCCGGCCAAGCGUGGUCGCCCUCGGGGUAGCGGUCCAAAACAGCGCAGAGAUUUAUUGCAAAAGGCUCUGAUGGACAUUGAUCUCCAAACCGAGGUGGAUAAAUCGCCUACUACCACACCAGCAGCAACGGCGUCAUCAUCUGGUUCAGUUUCCUCAGCCGCAGCUAAGACCAAUGCCAGUGAACAGAACCUGGACAGAUGUCUGAAUGCAUACGAGGACAUUGUCCGAAAGGAGGAAGGAAAGCCACUGAAAUUCGAAGCCGAAUUGGAUGCCCUGUGUCAGGAGUUUUUCGAUGAUUCCGGUCCGCCCGGCAAGGAAAAAAGGGAAGACAGAUCUGCAGGUGGAUCACAAGCCGAGGAGGUGGUCAUAAUCGAAAUCGAUGCGCUCGGAAAGGAGGAAGUAGCUCAGCUGAAAAAGGAAAUGAAGUCGGACUGUCAAAGUCAGGCAGCAAAGCGACGACGUAUUUCUAGCACGCCCACUCACGAUUCUGAGUCGGAAGUGUCAAACAACGGACUAAUGAAGCUUAUCUCCUACCUCUGUCCCAAGUGCGGCAAAGAGAUCGCAUCGAUGGAAGGCUGGAGGGCGCAUGUGUUCAACAAGCACGACUUUGAGCACAUUAUCGAGAACAGCUUCAAGAUCCAGGAGCCCGGGCAGGCAGUGUGCCUACAAUGCCACGAAGUACAGCCAUCCACGAAGCGUUCGCAAUUGCAGAAGCAUUGCUUUAAGCACCUACCAUACCGUUCCUACCUUAAGUGCAGCAUUUGUGAUCGCACAAAAACUAGUACGACGAAGAUCUUGAACCACAUUCGUUACAAUCAUCAGGACGAGCUGCGACGCAAGAACAAUACGCAACUGCUCAUCAAGCCGGAACCCAAAUGGCCUAGUCCCAAACGACAAUCUGUAGGGGCUUAUUCCUGUGAGGAUGACGAGGACGAUGUGAAUGGGGAGUGCAUGAUGUGCGAGCAUUGCGACAUGACGUUCAAGACCAAGUGGCGUUACGAUCGUCACGUCCCCAACUGCCGCAGAGCCGGCGUCAUUCCAGAAUCAGGGUUCGAGUCGAUGUUAAGCCACCUACGAGAAGCUAAUCGGCGCAUCGAAGCCAUCUGGAAAACAAUGAACCCUGAGAAGUUACAGAUGUAGUCUAUUUUGACAAUAAAGCUUAAUUUUAGCUUCUAAAUAGGGACUUUCUAAGGACUUUUGUAUUAUAAUCUUGGGGUUCUUGAAAUGAUUGUUAAUUUAAGGAUCCUGCUUGAUUUUAUUAAAUAUUAAAUAUCAAAUAAUGUCCUUGUAGGACUACUUUAAA